ACCAAUGAGCUUGCGGAACGCUAACGCGAUGGGCGGGAUCAAACGGGACGACACGUAAACAUGGCGGCGUCUACAGAAGAUGAUUUUGAGUUUAAUACUCAGGACUACUAUUCUCUGCUCAACGUGAGGAAGGAGGCUACAGUGGAGGAGCUGAAGGCGUCGUAUCGGCGGCUGUGCAUGCUGUAUCAUCCUGACAAACAUCGAGACCCUGAACUGAAAAGACAAGCCGAGCAACUUUUCAAUCAGGUUCACCAGGCCUACGAAGUGCUGAGUGACGCUCACUCCAGAGCCAUCUAUGACAUCUUUGGGAAGAAAGGGCUGGAGGUGGAAGGCUGGGAGGUGGUGGAGAGGAAGAGAACACCUGCAGAAAUCCGAGAGGAAUAUGAAAGGCUUCAGAGAGAAAAAGAAGAGAGAAGACUGCAGCAAAGAACGAAUCCCAAGGGCACAAUCAGCGUCGGUGUGGAUGCAACGGACCUGUUCGAUCGCUAUGACGACGACUUUGAGGAGAUGCCUGGCGGAGGCUUUCCUCACAUAGAAAUUAACAGGAUGCACAUUUCCCAGUCUAUAGAGGCUCCUCUGACCAACACCGACACGGCAAUGCUGUCCGGGUCACUCUCCACGCACAACGGGAGCGGAGGGGGCAACAUCAACGUGACUGUACGCAGAGUCACAUCAGCUAAAGGCUGGGGAGAGGUGGAGUUUGGCGCUGGAGACACGCUGGGGCCACUCAUCGGGUUAAAGGUGUUCCGUAACGUCACGCCGCAGUGUUUUCUCACGGCCCAGUGCGGUGUGCAGUUCUCGCCUCGAGGCCUGCGGCCGAGCUGCUCUCUGAUGACGGCGCGCCACCUGGACCAGAACACCAUGGGCUACCUUCAGUGGCGCUGGGGGCCCAAUAGCGCCAUGACAACCAGCCUGGUGCGGGACACCAAGAGUAGCCACUUUACUUUAGCUCUGCAGCUGGGUGUGCCUCAUUCCUACCUGAUGAUGAGCUACCAGUACAAGUUCCAGGACGAGGACCAGACCAAAGUGAAAGGCUCCGUAAAGACAGGCUGGUUCGGCACAGUGGUGGAGUACGGAGCGGAGAGGAAGAUCAGCCGUCACAGCGUUUUGUCGGCCACGGUCAGCAUCGGCGUCCCGCAGGGAGUCACACUCAAGAUAAAGCUGUCGCGUGCCAGUCAGACGUACCUGUUCCCCGUCCACCUGACAGACCAGCUGUUGCCAAGCGCCGUCUUCUACGCCACCGUCGGACCCCUCCUGGCCUACGUCGCCGUCCACAGACUAAUUAUAAUCCCGUACACGAAAGCGCAGAAGGAGCAAGAGCUGGAGUUGCAGAGGAAGAGCUCCGCCACAGACAUCGCCAAGAAGAAGCAGGAGGCUGAGACCGCUGUUCUGCUGAUGCAGGAGUCUGUGAGGAGAAUCAUAGAAGCAGAAGAAUCCAAGAUGGGCCUGAUCAUCCUUAACGGCUGGUACGGGAAGUUUGUGUCGGACACCAGCCAGAAGCAGGAGAAAGCCAAGGUGAUUGACGUCACCGUGCCGCUGCAGUGCCUGGUCAAAGACUCCAAGCUCAUCCUCACCGAGGCGUCUAAGGCGGGGCUGCCGGGCUUUUACGACCCCUGCGUGGGAGAGGAGAAGAGUCUGAAAUUACUCUACCAGUUCAGAGGGGUCAUGCAUCAAGUCAUCUCCGCAGACACGGAGCCACUACGGAUACCCAAGCAAUCUCACAGAACUGAGUCUGAAUCCUAGGAGUCCUCUGCUGUUGACGUAGGAGGAUAGAACAGACUAUGUACGUGGAAGAACCCAAGAGUAAAAAGGAUAGAUUUUUUUCUAAAAAUCCGUUCGUUUCCCUCCUCUAGCUCUCCUCUGUCAUGGUAUUAGUGAAUCUAAUUCACAACUCUGUGCUCCUUCCUUUUUCUAAACUCCAGUUUGUUUGUUUUUGGGUGAAAUCAGCACCGGGUUUCCCCUGUUGGCUACACCCGAUACACCCAGGAUCGCUUAUCGGUACGCUGCAGGAGAGAUGACACCGGCCCAAAGUAGUUUUGUAAGACACAAAAGGACUGAUUAUUACAGCCAGCCGGACGGCGAUUUCCCUCGGUAGCGAAUGAAAUGUCUGCGGUUUCUCACAUCCGUGUUUGUCAGGUGUGAAGGAGCUAUAAUUUGGUCUCGUAUAUAAUCUUCACUUGUCGCCACGGCAGCUUUUUGAGUCGUGAAACUGUUUGGGUCAACUAUGCAGGACGGUGCCUGGGUAACCUUGAGGCCAACCAGGACUUCGCUCACGUUUUUAGAUCACACCCAUAAAAAGGUCAGCCUUUCUGAUUUAGGAGACAUUUUACUCCAGCGUUUGCUGCUCGAUGAGAUGCCAAGUGUAAACUGGUUCUCAAAACGUGAAGGUUUGGAAAGGAGAGGAAAAGGACUGCCUGUUACUACAGAAAAAGUCAAGACUUUUCCUCGUUGAUUUCUAACACUCCACGCUGCAGCUCGAAGGCAGAAAUCUUGCUCGGAUUUGAUUUGCGUCAGUAUUCAUCGAUCAGCUCUGCAACCGCAGGGAUAAA